CUAAGGUUGCAAGUGCUUGUUUGUUAUAAUUGCCCUCAACUAACCUGGAGAAGAAGAGGAAGCUACUAGAACACUAGAUGAUACUGACAAUUGUGUAGAAACUGCUCGAGCUAUUGUCGGUGUGGAUUUGUUUUUGCACGAUAUAAGUAAUGCACGACAAUAUGGCAUCAAUAUCAUAUACAUAAUUGAAGUAACAAUCUCAAAAAUUUCAUGCGUUUGGCGUGAUCAAGCGUAUUUAGUUUGUUUUUGCACGAUAUAAGUGAUGCAGGACAAGAUGACAUCAAUAUCAUAUACAUAAUUGAAGUAACAAUCUCAAAAAUUUCAUGCGUUUGGCGUGAUCAAGCGUAUUUAUGGGGAUACAACUAUCUGCAAUCUGAUAAAUGGCUCGCUCAAUUGUGAAAGAUCCACUGUCACACAUUUUGCCUUUUAGAUUUGCCAUUGAUGAAUCGGCCGCCGGGCAGGUAGAUUGGUUGGAAACUCCCAGUGCCCAUAUCUUCAAAGUCAAUGCUCCUGGGAUGAACAAAGAUGAUAUAAAGGUUCAGGUGGAAGAUGGUUACAUUAUCCAUAUUAAUGGAGAAAAGGUGAAAGAGGAAGAUAAACCAGAGGGCAUUUGGCACUGCAUGGAACGAGGGAAAGGAAGUUUCUCUAGGCAGUUUAGCUUGCCUGACAAUGUGAAGAUGGAUCAUAUAAAAGCCCAAGUUGAAAAUGGACUGUUGACUGUCAUUGUUCCAAAGGACUCAAACCCAAAAUCUAGAUUGCGAAAUAUCACCACUUCUAGCAAGCUGUAGUAGCAGAGACAGAUUAUCUUUCCAUGUACCAUCUUGGAUUGUUACGGUUGUGUAUCUUUUAUGAGUCUCUAAAAGAUCUGCUUAGUAAUGAUAAAUCAAUAAUCAUCUAGCAGCAUAAAAAUAAAAAAUAUUUUCUUGUCUAAGGUAUUUGUCUAAGAUUUGUUGUGUCAAAUAAGGAACUUUAUCUGUUUUGGUA